ACUGCACAUUUGUUCAUAAGUUUAUAAUUUCAGUGUCUCUUUCAUUUUUCUUUUUCAAUAAGUUUAUAAUUUCCAGAUUCCCGGAGCUCUCUUGGGUUCACUGUCCAUCGUUUUCUCUUUUACCCACUACAAAUUAAACAUGUAUAUAUAUAAAAAAUAAAAUUCUCCACCUUAUCACUCUCAGCUCAAAUUCCAUCCAGCUGAAGAAAGAGCUAUUUAGCUAAAUUAUACAAGGGCAUUCAACAUAUUGUAAAUGGAAGAGAGGGAGUUCUGGUUUGUACAGGUGGCGCAACUUCUGUGAGCUUAGCGUCCUCUCUCAUUGCCUUUUUUAGCUUCAAGAGCUUUGUUCUUGAUGCAUGUGUAUAACUAGAACAGUUGAGUAAUAUUGAUGAGGUUUUGUGGAGAGUUUUAACUGAAGGGGAGAGCUUAAAAGUUAACAUAAUGGGCUCUGUUUGUUGCUGCCUGCGUGCUGAGAAUUUUGAGGACUACAUGAAUCCAAACAGUAAUGUAUAUAGAAACUGUCUGUGCCUCGGUUGCUUUGUUCAAAAUUUUCUGCACGUGUGUACCACAUUAUUCCAAAGAGGAGAGAUGCACUCUGUCCCUUCAUCCACUGAGGGAAUGGCAUCUAUGAACACUUCUGCAUCACUAGACAACUCACUUUCUGACAUGUACUGUUCUACUCCAAGGCCCUUGCCUUGGGAUGCUGACACUAGAUAUUUUCGCUUACAACGUGAUGGUCUUGUUUCAAGAUGUGAGAAGGGUUCAAGUCAUUCACAAGAGGAAUCAGAGCCUUUAAGAGGUGAAGAUGAUGCAGGUUCUGAAUCUUUGAGUAAAGGAGACGAAUGGAAUGCUUGUGAACAAGGCUCAACAGAGCAGUAUUGUAAAUCCUCGCAACUCUCAUCAACAAAAGGAUUAGAUGGAACUGGGUACUUCUACUCACCAAUAGAAGAGGAGGAUGUCUGUCCGACAUGUCUUGAAGAAUAUACUCUAGAGAAUCCGAAGAUAGUAACAAAAUGUUCCCACCAUUUCCAUCUUGGUUGCAUUUACGAAUGGAUGGAGAGAAGUGAAAACUGUCCAGUCUGUGGAAAGGUUAUGGCGUUCGAUGAAACAAUUUAGUCUUGCCCGAAGUUUUUGUUGCAGAUGAACGCUAGUGAUAACAGAAGACGUAACCAAGGAAAGACAUCUAAAGUCCUUUGUGAAUAAAUGAUUCAGGACAAGAUGAUUGUCUCAUACCAUAAAUAUGAAAAGUUUUUUGUAUAAAGAUUUUAAAUUCGUUGUCUCUUUGGAACCCUUGAAAUGGGGGAAAAAAACGAAAUCAUAUGCAUAUGAUUGUUGGAAAUCAAAGUGUGGAUUUUUUAUGAUUGCUGGAAAUCAAAGUGUGGAUUUUUUUUUUCUUUAUAAAGGAAGCUGGGGUUGUGUCUUUGGAUUCA